UCUCCAACUGCUACACCUAACACUGCUUUCGUUGUUGUUCAUCUUCACCAUUUCUGAGUACGGUCUCAUGUUUCUCACCUAAAGCCAUUGAUAGUAUGAGUUCAGUGUUCCCAAAGUUGUUGCUUUUGCUUCUUGCAUUCAAGUAUGGUUUUCUUUUGGUUGGGUCUGGAUCUUUGCCAAACCAUGAAGUUUCAGCACUUGAAGCUUUCAAAAGAGCAAUUUUUGAAGAUCCAUGGAGAAAGCUUUCUGAUUGGGGUGUCUCUGAUGGCAAUCCUUGCAAAUGGUCUGGUGUUUUCUGCUCAGGAUCUCAGAAUGGGGUGAUUAUAACCUUGAAUCUUUCUAGUUCAUCUUUGAAAGGGUUUCUUGCCCCGGAGCUAGGGCUUCUGAGUUCUUUGCAGGAAAUAAUAUUGGAUAACAAUUUGCUACUUGGAUCCAUACCUAAAGAACUUGGAGAGUUGAAGAACCUCAGAGUGCUGGAUUUGGGCAUGAACAGACUGUCUGGUUCCAUUCCUCCUGAGAUUGGGAACUUGACUAGCAUUACAAAAAUAGAUCUUCAUUCUAAUGGCUUGACUGGAACUUUACCAUUUGAGCUUGGUAAUCUUGCAUAUCUUGCUGAGCUUCGGUUGGAUCGGAAUCGAUUCAGUGGACCGAUUCCUGGAAGCAAUAACUUAAGUUCAUCUUCUUCUUUACAGCUUGCCUCCCAGAGCCAUUCCACAGGAUUAUGCAGGUUGUCUCGGUUAAAGACUGCUGAUUUUUCAUUUAACUUUUUUAUCGGAAGAAUACCGACUUGCUUGAAGUAUCUUCCAAGGUUAAGCUUCCAAGGAAACUGCCUCCGAGAUAAAUCUUUUGUAGCUCAGCGUUCUACUGAAAAGUGCAACGAUUCUGCAAGUGAAGGAGUAAGUGAAGGUGUAUACUGGCAUUCUGAUGUGGGAUCCAAUCACCAAAGGCAGAGGCAACCUGAAUGGCUUCUGAUUCUGGAAAUUGUUACUGGUGCUCUCAUGGUUGUUUUCUUCAUUAGUGCUUCUGCUACAGUUAUUAAAAUAUGCAAACCGAAAUCCACUUUAGCUAUUCCAUGGAGAAAAUCUUCAAGUUUGAAAGACCAGCUAGAAAUAUCAAUUGAUGGCGAGAAGCUGAAAAAUGUGGAGAAAAUAGGCAGAAUGGAUCUUGAGGUAGCCUGUGAAGAUUUCAGUAAUAUAAUUGGUUCUUAUCAAGACACUAUAGUCUACAAAGGCACUAGGAAGGAUGGGCCUGAAAUAGCAGUUGUAUCACUUUGCAUUGCAGAGGGCAAUUGGACAAGAUAUCUUGAGUUUCUCUUUCAGAAUAAGGUAGCUGAUUUUGCAAGGCUAAACCAUGAAAACAUUGCAAAGUUGCUUGGUUAUUGCAAAGAUGACGACCCAUUCACAAGGAUGCUUGUUUUUGAGUAUGCAUCUAAUGGGACACUGUCGGAACACCUUCAUUAUGGUGAAGACUGCCAGUUAUCUUGGCUACGGCGCAUGAAAAUUGCUAUUGGUAUUGCUCGUGGACUAAGAUAUUUGCACACAGAGUUGGAUCCUCCAUUUACUAUUAGUGACUUAAAUUCAACUACAGUUUAUCUUACCGAAGAUUUUUCUCCAAAGUUGGUGGAUUUUGAAAGCUGGAAGAUGGUGUUUUCAAAAUCAGGGAAGAACUCUGGUUCUUUUUACAGUGUCAUGGACUCUAUUGAGCAACAGCACAUGGAUGUACAGGGAAACACAUUUGCUUUUGGAGUUCUUUUACUGGAAAUAAUAAGUGGAAGACCUUCACAUUGCAAAGAUAGAGGUUCCUUGGUGAACUGGGCUAUUGAGUAUCUGCGGCAACCUGAGGAGAUUGACAAGCUGGUAGUUCCUGAACUGAAGAAUGUCAAGCAUGACGAGCUUGCGGUGAUUUGCAGUGUGGUGAGCCUUUGCAUUGAUCCUGAUCCAACAAAGCGGCCGUCGAUGCAGAUAAUUUGUUCGGCACUGGAGAAUGGAAUAGACACUUCACCUGAUGCUUUUCUGAAGGAUUCUUCACUGGCUUGGGCAGAGCUUGCUUUGUCCUCUUAGUUUAGUUGUUUACAAUUCACAAUGUGAGUCAAAAAUAUACACACGUGAGAAAACCGCAUUACACUUAAAAUUUUCUUCAUGUAGAGAUGUGUGCAGUGUGCAGUGUAUAAAUUUGAUUGAUUUGUAAACAUUAACGGUUAAAACUUAAAAAAUGUAUAAGGUUGCUAACGGUUACACAGACGUAAGGAUGCUUGGAUUUC